UUUGUAAGUCCUAGUUUAUUUCUUUAGCAUCCACACAAAUGUAAGCUUUUUCUUGAUUUUUGUUGAAUUGCAAUAACGAACAAAAGAAAAUGACCAUUCAUACGAAGCAGGUAACCAAGCAGAGUUUCCUUUUUCUACCCUUUCUCUACCCUUCCUCUACUCUCGACCCUACUAUUCUCUCUCCCUCCUCUUUCUUAUUAAGUAAUCGGUUAUAACAUGACAAUGAGGCGAACGCAAGUAAGAUAAAAGGAGGAGAAGAAAACAAAUCAUGCACAGAAUGAAGGAGACAUUCUUUCUGUUACUUUACACUAAUCCCAUUUGGCUUCUCAUCCUCUCCUUACUCGGUUUCUUCACCAUUCUUCGGCACUCCGCCACUGUCGCCCGAUGGGUUUUCCGAGCCUUUCUCAGACCCUCCAAGGAUUUGAGAUACUAUGGCUCUUGGGGAAUAGUCACCGGCGCCACUGAUGGCAUUGGAAAGUCCUUUGCCUAUCAGCUGGCCAGAGCCGGACUCAACCUUAUACUGGUGAGCAGAAGCUCCACGAAGCUCAAGGCAGUUUCCGAGGAUAUUCAAUCUGAAUUUCCUGAUACAAAGGUAAAGAUCAUUGAAUUAGACUUCACAGAAGACGAUAUUAGUGGUGGUAUUGCAGAGAUUGAGGAGGUGAUUGAAGAUUUGGAUGUGGGGAUUUUGAUAAACAACGUGGGGAUUACAUAUCCGAACGCUAGCUUUUUCCAUGAAGUGGAUGAGAAAGUUUGGAUGAAUCUUUUCAAAGUGAAUGUGAAGGGAACUACUUGGGUUACCAAAGCUGUUUUGCCAAAGAUGAUUAAGAAGAACAGAGGAGCUAUUGUGAAUAUUGGCUCUGGAGCUGCUGUUAUUGUUCCUUCUCAUCCUCUCUAUGCAAUCUAUGCUGCUACAAAAGCGUACGUGGACCAACUCUCAAGAUCUCUAUACGUGGAAUACAAAGAUUGGGGAAUUGAUGUUCAAUGUCAGGUGCCGUUGUAUGUCGCAACUGAAAUGGCGUCAAGAGUAGCGUCGGUAAGCAGAGCGUCGCCGUUCGUUCCAUCAGCCGAUGACUAUGUGAAAGCUGCAAUUCGCCAAAUUGGAUACGAGCCACGGUGCACCCCUUACUGGGCUCACUCGCUCCAGUGGUGUUUUGCUCGCCUGCUCCCAGAGGCUGUGCUUGACGCCUGGCGGCUGUCCAUUGGCUUGCAGAGGAGGAGCAACGGAUCCGUCGCCAUGGAAGGGACUGAAGGUUGCAAACAAGAAUGAAAGGUUACAAACUACACGAUAUAGUGAAAUAGUAAAUGUAUUACAAGUCAAGUUGUUCAAUAAGAUGAUAGUAAGAAUAUGAUCAUAUUA